GACAGAGGCAGGUCCAGUGUCGAGGAGCAAGAGAAGAAGAAGAAGUGAAGUGGAUUCUGUGAAAGGUCCAGGUUCACUCUCUGAAAGGACUGGAGAGGUGUGAGGCUGCAGAUGAACUGGCUUUAACUGUCUGUUACUGCAGCCUGACUGGACUUUGCUCUUUCCUUUGCAAUAACUGCUCAUAUUUAUUCUAAGGAUUUGUUCUGACAAGUUUUAUCAGACAAAAUACAGAAGGAUGUGGAAUGAAUGUGACUGGUGAGGGGCUGGACUCAAACCUGCCAAAAAGGCAAGGGCUUUAAGGAAACACAGACAAGAAGAGGUACCACCUUGCUGAAGGUGCAGCAGGCCUGCACUAUGAUUCUCCCUGUGAUGGUUUUGUUGGUACUCCUGUUGCUCUCUGGACCACAGUCAUCUCUCCAGGGGGACACCCAGGAAAUGGGAAGCAGUGAUGAGAUCCUGGAAAAAGAAUUCAUCUACCCAACACGUCAAAAACGUGCUGUGCUCGACCAUAGCACCGCUCAAACAGACAAAUGCUCUUACACAUUUAUUGUCCCUCAGCAGAAAAACAAUGGUGCCAUUUGUGUGAACUCUAAGGAGCCCGAUGCCCUGCUGGAGAACCGGGUUAACAAACAGGAGCUGGAGCUGCUCAAUAGUGAGCUCCAGAAGCAGCGGAGGCAGAUCGAGGCGCUGCAGCAGUUGGUGGAGGUGGAUGGGGGCAUGGUUAAUGAGGUGAAGCUUUUGCGGAAAGAGAGCCGCAACAUGAACUCCCGGGUUACGCAGCUCUACAUGCAGCUGCUGCACGAAAUUAUCCGCAAAAGAGACAAUGCUCUGGAGGUGUCACAACUAGAGAUCCGGGUGCUCAACCACACAAAUGAAAUGGGAAGACUAACUGCACGCUACCGUGACUUGGAGCAUAAGUACCAGCACCUGUCGGCCCUCGCCAGCAACCAGAGCGCCCUGUUGGUGCAGCUGGAGGAGCACUGUAAGAGGAGAGGCUACUCGCAUGGCACAGAGCGAGAAAGGAGCCACCCUGUUCGUCACCAACCUCCCAUAAUCCCUCAGCCUCCUGUGCAGAGACCCGCACUGUCUCCUGGGGGCUACAGGCCCUUCCAUCCACCUACCUACACCCGCCACACUAGCAACCCUCUGAAUAAUGAGAUACAGAAUGACCAGAACCCUAAAGCACUGCCACCCCCACCUCCACCCACUAUGCCUGGUGCUACAUACAGCUUCACUAAUGAGCCUUCUGGCCCUUUCAAGGACUGUCUGGAAGCUCUGGAGAGUGGCUACACCACCAGUGGGAUGUACCUCCUGAAACCAGACGAUGCCAACAAACUCAUGCAGGUUUGGUGUGACCAGAGACACGACCCUGGAGGCUGGACCGUCAUCCAAAGACGCCAGGAUGGAUCUGUCAACUUUUUUAGGAACUGGGAGACAUACAAGCAAGGAUUUGGAAACAUAGAUGGUGAAUACUGGUUAGGCCUGGAAAACAUCUACUGGCUGACCAACCAGGGGACCUACAAGCUGCUGGUCAUGCUGGAGGACUGGACUGGGCGCAAGACAUUUGCAGAGUACACCAGCUUUCGCAUCGAGUCGGAGGCUGACUUCUACAGGCUGAGGGUAGGCCGAUACCAUGGCAACGCUGGAGACUCCCUAACUUGGCACAACGGCAAGCAGUUUACCACGCUGGACAGAGACCACGAUGUUUACACAGGUAACUGUGCCCACUACCAGAAAGGAGGAUGGUGGUACAACGCCUGCGCUCACUCCAACCUGAACGGCGUUUGGUAUCGCGGCGGACACUACCGUAGCCGCUACCAGGAUGGGGUCUACUGGGCCGAGUUCAGGGGUGGAGCAUAUUCUCUGAAGAAAGUCACCAUGAUGAUACGACCCAAUGCAAACACCUUUCAUUAAUACUUCAGUUUCUUAAACUGACAGCACAUACUGGACACAUUUCCUCCAAAGGGAUUCCACCUGAGCUUUUCUUUGGUUUAUUCUAGAUCAUCUUUUCUAUACUUGCUUUUCAUCCAUGGCUGAUGGUUACACAAUAGCAUUAUAGCACUAAUACAACAAAUCUAAUAUUAUAUUGCCAUAAUUAGAACACAACACAAUUGCUUCAUCUCAACUUCUGAGAGGAGAGUAGUGAUGUAUCUCUGGUGCCAAUCGCUAUAGUACAGGAUACAACUGACAGCGCUUUAAUGUUAUAUCACUGAAAAACGAAAACCACAACAAGUUACUGUAUAUCCAGAGAUAAAACUGUUUACUAGCAAAAAA